UUGGGAGACGAGUGAACCAGGGUGUAAAUACCAAAAAUGGAGCCCCUUGAGCAAAAAAAGGAAGCCUUUUGUAAUCAGGAUAAAGCCACCCGCACUCCUUCUGCUAGCCUAACUACCCAGCAAUAGUAAGUGCAAAACCGAAAACAAAAAACCAAACCCAAACGAAACCGACCAAAAUCUCGCCAAUUUCACUUUCCGCUUCAUGUAGUUUCUGCGUUCCCAACUCCUUCUCCCGACUCUACCCUGACUCGCCCGAGUCCACACUCAAACCCGCGCUCAUGGCAAAUAACCCUUCCGACGCUCCCGCCGAUGACUUCCUUGAACAAAUCCUCGGCCUCCCGAACUUCGCUUCCGCCGACUCCGGCCUUUCCGCUGCCGAUGUCGGCCUCGCCGGUGCGGCCACUCAGGCUCCGAUGAUGCUGCAACUCAACUCCGCCGACGCCAACGCUCACCUCGCCGGCGCCGCCUUCCACGCGCCCGUGUAUCAGCUAGGGCUGAGCUUGGACCAGGGCAAAGGUGGGUUCAUGAAGCCCGAGGAAGCCUCCGCUAGCGGAAAGCGCUUUCGCGACGACGUCGUUGAUAAUAGAGCUAAGAAUGUUUUUCAUGGGCAACCCAUGCCUACUACUAUGCCUGCUGCUCCACAUCCUCCAGCAAUACGUCCUAGGGUGCGGGCCAGAAGAGGACAGGCUACAGAUCCACACAGCAUAGCUGAACGAUUACGCAGAGAAAGAAUAGCAGAAAGAAUCAGGGCAUUGCAAGAACUGGUUCCAAGUGUCAACAAGACAGAUAGAGCUGCCAUGUUAGAUGAAAUUGUGGAUUAUGUCAAGUUCUUAAGGCUUCAAGUGAAGGUUUUGAGCAUGAGUAGACUGGGUGGAGCCGGUGCAGUGGCACCACUGGUAACUGACAUCCCAUUAUCAUCAGUCGAGGAAGAAGGUGGUGAAGGUGCGCGAAACCGGCCAGCAUGGGACAAGUGGUCAAAUGAUGGCACAGAAAGACAGGUAGCUAAGCUUAUGGAAGAAAACGUUGGGGCUGCCAUGCAGUUUCUUCAAUCAAAGGCUCUCUGCAUCAUGCCAAUCUCACUGGCAUCGGCAAUAUACCAGUCACAACCACCGGACACUUCUAGCAUAGUCAAGCCUGAAACUAAUCCUCCUUCAUAGACCUAAUUCACAUGUUGCACAAUCUAUUAUUAUUGGUCCCAUCCCAGGCUCACUAAUACUUGCUGGGACCCACGCCUAACGCGUUAUUUGUCUGUUCCAAAUCCCCCCCCCAUAAAUAAGUCAUUGGCAAGCAUCAAGUUGCAAUCAAAGUCAGAUGCCAUAAUUCUUCCUUUUUUGCCUUUCUUUCAGCUUUUGUCAAUACAGGGUUCGAUAUCAAUGCCUUGGAAAAGACAAGCAAACCCCUAUAUCAUGUCUUGCCGUAUUUCAAGUAGAGAGGAAGACAUUGUCAAAAGUUCAAUUGAUAUGCGCUUCUUUUCUAGUGUCAAAUGGGUGGGGGUAGUGGACCAUGAUGUAGGCGCUUUUAUAGUGGGGCUUAGUUUUUGUAGUGGGCUGUGGGACCUUCUAAAAGGUUAGAGUGUGGUGUGUGUAUAUUUUUAAUAGUAGUGAAGCUGAAAUGGACAAUAGUUGCUUUAACAAUGCUGGGCUUUGCCGAGUCCUGCAAAAAAUGAUGAUGCUUUUUGUUUGUUUAGGGCGUGCGUGAGUUGUUUACUCAAAAGUAAUUGGACGACUUUUCCCUAUUCUUCUGAAUCAUUAUUAGAUUUUGAUUCAUCUGAUGAAAAUGGAAGGAAGGAUAAGUGUGUGUGGGGUUGCUCCUUUCACCCAAUCCUUGUCAAUCAGUAAGUUGCAACCUUAAUUCAACUCAAGUGACAGGAAGUCUUCUCUCGUU